GUAGAGUCAUGUGGGGUAACCGUACGCAGCGGGUAAGUGUACGCAGUGAACAUCGUGCGAAUGACGCAGUGGACAACUGGUCGAGACCUGUCGUAUUUAGUUCACACUUGACUGCCAAGUAAGAGUACCGCGUCACAGGUUUUCUGCUCAAGGCCGGGGAUACUUAUGCGACAAUAUUGUUUUUGCACGGUUUUCUUAUUUAAUUUCUUGAAAUUCAUUUGCAUGUCUAAGGCAUUAAGAUUUGUCUGAGUAAGUACACAAAGUGACUGGGAACAGGAGAAACUAAUCAAUAUUUUGUGUGAAUUUACGUAUUUGAUCUAAGAUUGAAAAUGCCUCGAAAAUAUAUAAGGAAAUGUCCCGAUCGGAAAGUCUGUACUCAAGAGCAAAUUGAUAAAGCCAAGCAGUUGAUUGGAGAAGGAAAAUCGAAACGAGCAGCAGCAGAAAUUGUUGGGAUCAAUGAGAGUACUUUGAGAAAACGUUUAAAACUCAACUCCACUGCAACAUCAAUGGGGAGAUAUCAACAAACAUUUACACGUGAACAAGAGGAAGAAAUUUACAAUCAUUGCAAAUCUAGUGACGAGAGGUUCUACGGUCUUACUUUGAAUACACUGAGAAAAUUAGUUUACGAAUUUGCAGAAGUGAAUGAAAUAGAGAAUAGGUUUGAUAAAACAACAAAAAUGGCUGGAAAAGACUGGGUCUACGAGUUUAUAAAACGACAUCCUGAUUUAGCUUUAAAGCAAACUACACCUACGAGCAUUGCAAGAGCCAUUGGUUUUAAUCAAGUGCAAGUAAAUAGAUUUUAUACAAACUUGAAAAAGUGUCAAGAAAAAUAUAACUUCCCUCCAGGUCGAAUAUAUAAUAUGGACGAGACUGGCAUCAGCACAGUGCCAAAAAAGACUCCUAAAGUUAUAUCACUGAAAGGAAAAAAAAAUGUUAAUAAAAUUGUUUCUGGAGAACGUGGUCAAACUAUAACUGCUGUUUGCUGUGUCAGUGCAACUGGAAAUUAUGUGCCUCCUCCAUUUAUAUUUCCUCGAAAAAGGAUGAAGGGUGAACUCAUGGAUGGAGCUCCAACUGGAAGUAUUGGUAUGACAUCUGAUUCGGGAUUUAUCAACACGGAUUUAUAUUUGGAAUGGCUUCAUCAUUUCAAGGACUACACUUCACCAACUGUCGAUAAUCCUGUGCUACUGAUUAUUGACAAUCAUUCAAGCCAUAUUAGCUUGCAAGGUACCUUGUAUUGCAGACAGCAUAACAUCAUAGUACUUACUUUGCCACCUCACAGCAGUCACAAAUUACAACCCUUGGAUAGGGCUAUUUACAGUCCUCUUAAAAGCCAGUACGCAAUUGAAGCUGAUAAAUGGAUGGCACAGCAUCCUGGUAGAUCUAUUAAUCAAUACCAAGUGACUUUGAUUUUUAACAGAGCCUUUCUAAAAAUUGCCACUGUGGGUAACGCAGCUUCAGCUUUCAGGGUCACGGGAAUAUAUCCCUUCAACAACGACCUGUUUACAGAAGCAGACUUUGCACCAUCUUCAGUUACAGAUAUGUUUUGUCCAACUUCUGAUACUGUCCUUCAAAAUCCGUCUACUUCAAGUUCACUUGGCUUGGAUCAUCAUAUUGUAUCUGUUGCACCUGUUCCACAAGAAUUAGUUGCUUCUGCGUCGGCCGAUUUAUCAGAAACACAAAUUGAGAUAUCUGAUGUUUCGACUGUUGCUGAAGUUCAUCACCCAUCAAGCUCUCCACUACCUAGAAAACCUAACAUCGAAACUGAUAUACAGAAAGCCAAUGAACCAUCGCAUGCGCUUUCUGAUCCAAUGGACCAAAUAGAAGAAUUUCAGGAACAACAAAUUAUUCCGCCUCCCGUUCUCGGUAACAUUUCGAAUACUCACAAAUCUCAUAUUCCCUUAAUCAAUAUAAGCCCAUUGCCAAAGGCAACUCACAUUCAGAUACGACGCAAAAAUGCCAGCAAAUCGGAAAUAAUCACUAAUAGUCCGUUUAAAAAUAUGUUAGAAGAGAAACAAAAAGAAGUCGACCGAAAAUCUAAGAAAAUAAGAAAACCAAAGAUGAACAUGGAAACCAAAACUAAGCCAAAGAAGAAAGAUAAUAUUAAGACUAAUACUAAAACUAAAGACAAUGACAAGAAUAAAUGUUCAGAACAAGAGUACUACUGUCCGUUGUGUCAAGAAAAGUACGGAGAUACGGCUGAAGCGUGGAUUAAAUGUUCAAUUUGUAGCUCUUGGUGGCACGAAGCCUGCACCAGCUGCGAGAGUGGCAUAUUUACUUGUGAUCUAUGUGUAGUAAAAGAUUGAGUUUCGGAUGUGCGUACACUUUGCCGACGUUGCGUAUACUUAACCGAAGGCAUGCGGACACUUUCCCGCCGAUACGGGUAAGUGUCCGCAUUUCCCUUGAUGAUUAAAAGUUUCAAUAAAAAUAACAAUUAUUAUUAGAAUUUUAAAAAUAUGUUUUGUUAUUACUGAGAAAUGUUUAUUACGUUAGAAUAAACGUUGUUUUUUUUUCAUACAA